GGAUACUGAUUCUACACGAGGCCUCCUUUUGGACAUUUCUUGAUUUAGGAGAUUAUGUGAUCCCUAACUAUGUGGAGUUCAGUUCUCUUCCGCUUCUUCCAGACGACCGUCUUGCUUUGUGUGCUGCUGCAGGAAAGACCUACUGCAACUGGAAGCAUAAAGUCUGUAAGCACCUGACUGACUUUGAACUUGGAUUUGCUGCUCAGCGUUGCAAGCCAGAGUGGGACAGAAUUUGUGAUCCAGAGAGGGAAUGGAAAUGGUGCUGUACUAUCAGGUUUCCAUUUAAUUAAGCAGCUGAGAGGCAUGAGUGUGGUGUUAGUGCUACUUCCUACGGUGCUGUUUGUUAUGCUCACUGGGGCUCAGCGCGCUUGCCCCAAGAACUGCAGAUGUGAUGGCAAAAUUGUGUACUGUGAAUCUCAUGCAUUCAGAGAUAUCCCUCAGAAUAUUUCUGGAGGAUCUCAAGGCUUAUCAUUACGGUACAACAGCAUCCAGAAGCUUAAAUCAAAUCAGUUUGCGGGCCUGAAUCAGCUCAUCUGGCUUUAUCUUGACCAUAAUUAUAUCAGUUCUGUUGAUGAGGAUGCAUUUCAGGGGAUCCGAAGGCUGAAGGAAUUAAUUCUGAGCUCCAACAAAAUUACUCAUCUGCACAACAAAACAUUUCACCCAGUGCCCAAUCUCCGCAAUCUGGACCUUUCAUACAACAAGCUGCAGGUGUUACAGUCGGAGCAGUUUAAGGGCCUUCGCAAACUCUUGAUCUUGCACUUGCGGUCAAAUUCACUGAAAACGGUACCAAUCAGAGUUUUUCAAGAUUGCCGGAACCUUGAUUUUCUGGAUUUGGGCUACAACCGUCUGCGGAGUUUAUCCCGCAAUGCUUUUGCUGGCCUCCUGAAGUUAACAGAGCUCCAUCUAGAGCACAACCAGUUUUCUAAGAUCAACUUUGCCCACUUUCCACGCCUCUUCAACCUUCGGUCCAUUUAUUUGCAGUGGAAUAGGAUCCGGUCUAUUAGCCAGGGGUUAACAUGGACUUGGAGUUCCUUGCACAACUUGGAUUUAUCGGGGAACGACAUUACGGGAAUAGAGCCCGGGACGUUCCAGUGCCUGCCCAACCUGCAAAAACUGAACCUGGAUUCCAACAAACUCACCAACAUCUCUCAGGAGACCAUCAAUACAUGGAUCUCACUAACAUCCAUCACUCUGUCCGGAAAUAUGUGGGAAUGUACUCGAAACAUUUGCCCUCUGUUUACUUGGCUUAAGAAUUUCAAGGGGAAUAAAGAAAGCACUAUGAUAUGCGCAGGCCCUAAGCACAUCCAGGGUGAGAAGGUGAGCGAUGCUGUGGAAACAUAUAAUAUCUGUGCUGAAAUCCAGGUGGUGGUCACUGAAAGAUCAUACCAGGCACCUAAAACACCCCAGAGGCCACUUUUUAUUCCCAAACCUACCAUUUCUAAACUGGAAAGUAAUCAGCCAACCUCUGUUAUGCCAAGUCCUUCUCCGGACCUGCCGACGCCUGGAGUGGAACCAGAGUAUGAGCAUGUUUCCUUUCACAAAAUCAUUGCUGGGAGCGUGGCCCUCUUUCUUUCAGUGGCUAUGAUUUUGUUGGUUAUCUACGUGUCGUGGAAGCGCUACCCAGCCAGCAUGAAACAACUCCAGCAACACUCUCUUAUGAAGAGGCGCAGAAAAAAGGCCAGAGAGUCUGAAAGGCAAAUGAACUCCCCUUUACAGGAGUAUUAUGUGGACUACAAGCCAACAAACUCUGAGACCAUGGAUGUAUCCGUUAAUGGAUCUGGACCCUGCACAUAUACUAUCUCUGGCUCCAGGGAAUGUGAGGUAUGAACCCUGAUCCUCCUAAAACCAUUUCAGCAGCUGGGAAGGAGAGGUAAAUGUUUGAAGCUCUUGAGGUGUCUCUAAUCACUAGAAAGAUUAAUGAGCCUUUUUGCUUUUGGGUUUGCUCAGUGUGAAAGGUUAUUUAAUUAAAUUACAACAAUCAGGGAAGUGACGGUGGUUAUUUUCAACAGUGCAGACUUGAAAGAGGUUCAUCCAAGGAUGAGAUUAAGUUGGAAUAAAUAGCCAUGUUAAA